UCAAUUUUAGAGUCUCUAGUUAGAGCAUAGGAGCUUUCACGAUUUUAUCCACGAAUUCUGCAUCGACCUUUGUUCGAAGAAACAUGAAGCUUUUCGUCCUCGUUGGUAUACUAGCUACCAUUACUUACGUCUCCAGCGCGAGCAUUCCAGAAGGAGUCUAUGAUGAUACAAUUUACGAAUUACAGCCGAUCGAAGAGACUAAUGACAAGCUGAACGUAGAAAUGGCAGCAAGGGAUGAUUCGGGUGAAGUGGCGCCAAUUCGACAUCGCAGAGUAACGUGUGACGUUUUAUCAUGGCAAUCGCAAUGGUUGAGUGUCAAUCACUCUGCGUGUGCCCUCAGAUGCUUGGCUCAACGUCGCAAAGGUGGUCAUUGUGAAAACGGUGUCUGUGUUUGCCGAAAAUGAAAGGCUCCAUGAAAUAAUCUUCGAUCUUCCUACUUGACAUUUCAUACCUUUCUUUUCACUUUAUAUAUAUUUUUGAGUAAGAUCAUUCUUCAUAUGAUUUACUUCUUGGUUUCUUUGGCUUUUAUUCGACGAAUGCGCUGUUACUGUAUCUGAACGACACGGUCGCAUAAGUCAUUAAACUAAAACAAUUAUAAUGUAUUACUAUUCGGGUUUUCAGAAAAUAUUAUUGAUAAUAUGGUAUACAGCUUGGUUUUACCAAGAGUACAAUGUACUUAAUUACUGUCAUACAUAUGUACAUUCUGUUUCUGUUUAAUUUGAGCAUGAUCUCGAAAAAUAAAAGUAUAGAUGC